UUGACUACUUGGCUCCAGAUAAAUGUACAUCAGUAUUGCAAAUACCAUCCUCAAAGUGGGGGUAUAGUAGAGAGAUGCAAUGGUACCUUGAAAUCUAAAUUGGCUAAAAUCUGUGAGCAAACAAAUUUAACUUGGCCUGAUGCUCUAGCCCUGGCCUUGAUGGGAUUAAGGGGAAGAACACAUCGGCAGUUAGGGCUGUCGCCAUUCGAAAUUCUGACCGGAUGGCCCAUGCCAGUCGGCAUGGUCAUAGGUAAUGUUAAUCUGCAUACUGUGGACAAUGAUCUUCUUUCCAGUCUUACAGGUCUCCAAGCUUCUCUGAAGGAAGUCCACGAGCAGGUUAAUCAGGCCUGGAGAACUAGUGCUCCAUCAAAGGACUCCCCGAUUCCAUUGGGAACCUGGAUUCUGGUUAGAGAUACUCGAAGGAAACAUUGGCACCAACCUCGGUGGAGAGGACCGUUCCAAGUUCUGCUGUCGACACCACACGCUGUUAAAGUUGAGGGACUGCCUGCCUGGAUUCACGCCUCACAUUGCAAAAGAUGGCACCCUUGAUUGAUUGUUCUACUAUGUCUUUACUUUCCCUUGUCGACUGCCCUGGUCACCUUGACUUUCCCUUUAGGAAUCACCACAUCAGUUCAGGUUGAUUUCUGUUCUAUUAUCAACUGUGGGACUAGUCGACAAGUCCAGUGGACCUGGUCUGACAAAUAUGUGUGUGUAACUGUUACAAACUCUGGAUUCAGAAGUAACUGUGACGAGUGGAAAUGGGUUUUUGCUAAUACUGGAACUGAUGACUGGGGUUAUCAACCCUAUAAGGCCCAAAAGUAUGGUCUGAAAUAUCGGUUUUCUAUUAUAAAAGGACAUGCCCCUCAUGAAUGUGCUGAAAACCAUUGUAACCCCUUGAUCAUUACUCUGAAGAACCCCUCUUUACAUGAUUCAGGAACCUAUAUCUUAGGGGCGUAUGUAUCUGGAACAGAUCCUCUAGGGAGAUUUCAAAUUAAGGUUGAAAACCCUGUUACUAACAUCUCUCAUUUCCCCACACACACACCCAUCUCCCCUACCCCUGGUCCAGACCCGCCCCCUGUCAAGGUCAUGAAUAUUUCCACCCUUUCUUCCACUUUCUCGAUUGAAACUGGGUAUGACGAUCAGAACCGUUGGCUACAAUGGGUAUUGUAUUCGGCUAGACAAGUAAAUCAAUCUGAUUGUUAUGCAUGUGCUACUGCUAGGCCACAUUUGGCCACUGUCACUUUUCCCCUUUCUAACAUAUCUGAUCCUACUGGCCUUCCUUGCCUACUUGCCCUUUUUAUAUCUUCCUCUAUUCCAACCGACUCUAAUUGCAUUAUACUUUCCCUUCUCUUUCCCCCCACUCUUCAUAUGACUCCCCUGAUGUUCCAGCCUCAUGAAGGUAAUUAUACCUGUUUUUUUAGAAACCUCACUUCCUCCCGUGGCACUAAUGUUGGUAAUAUCCCGUCCCCGUUCUGUUUCCAAACUUUUCAGGUUAAUUCUUCCUUUUUAGCUUCCAAAUUAUCAACUUUUCUGAUUACUCAGAAUACUCCACGAGCCGAUAUUUGGUGGAUGUGCCGUAGGUCUAAAUUGCUUGACAUUCUUCUGCCUGACUGGACUGGCACUUGUACUUUAAUACAACUUGUUAUGCCUUUCCGACUUCUCCCUUUAACUGCCUCCCGUGUGUUGACCAAUUCUGGCCGACGUCGUCGACCCCGUUCUGUGGACCCUUCCCAGUUUUCCCUACAUGGCCCUGGGGUGUAUUUUGAUUCCAUUGAUGUCCCUCGUGGAGUUCCUGAUAAGUUCAAGGCAAGGGACCAAGUUGCUGCCGGAUUUGAGUCUAUUUUUCCUCAGGUUACUAUAAACAAAAAUGUAGAUUGGAUUAAUUACCUAUAUUACAAUCAACAACGAUUCUUAAAUUUUACUAAAGAAGCUGUUGAAGGUAUCCAUGAGCAACUUGAUAAAACAUCCCUUAUGACCUAGCAAAAUUGAUUGACAUUAGAUAUGCUCCUGGCUGAGAAAGGAGGCGUUUGUGCUAUGUUUGGUGAUGCAUGCUGCACCUGUAUCCCUAAUAAUACAGCUCCCUAUGGAUCAAUCACCCGUGCUUUAGCAGAUUUGACUGCUCUCUCUAAUGAACUAGCUACUAAUUCUGGCAUUUCUAAUCCUUGUGACCAAUGGUUUAUGUCCACUUUUGGGUCCUGGGGCCAAUGGCUUAAGUCAGUUUUCAUUUCUCUUACAGUUGCUUUUAUCGUUCUCCUGCUUGUAGCUUGCUGUAUUGUUCCCUUGAUAAGAUACAUUGUAUCCAAGCAUUUUACUGCCUCUAUGGCAAAGGCUUACUUAUUACAUGAAGAAAAAAUGCUUCAGAUCACCACAGCCACCCCACACUCCUCCGCCCGCUCCACUCCAUCCCCCUCUCCUACCCUUUCCCUCUCAACUCUCUUCUGAUCAAGUAUUUUUUGUUUGCUCAAAAGGGGGGAAUGUGAAAGAUGAAUGUUCUCUUCGUUCCCUUGUACUAAUCCAUGUCUG